AUAAACAGAGAGAGCAAGUAUAUUUGGAUGAUGUCACACUGCCAACACAUGACAAGGGGCUGCUCAUCCAUAGAGAUCAGAAAUCUCUGAACUGUGACUGUGUGAUACUGCCCUGUGUGUUUGUUUGUAUACUUGUAGAUGGCGAGUGGACAGCUGUCGAGGGCGGAGGCAUUGGCGUGUGCAGGCUGCAGGCAUGCAUGCCACGUGAUGCUCUACUCUGACACCAAAACUCAGCUGUUUGGAAAAAUCCCCAUUAAACAUAUCAUACUGAUGCAGAUGCGCUUUGAUGGUCUGCUGGGUUUCCCUGGCGGCCUCGUUAACCCAGCGGAGGAGACCCUGGAGGCAGGACUGGGCAGGGAGUUGCUGGAGGAGCUGGGUGUGGCUAUUCCUGUAUCGAUAGAAGAUCAUGUGGACUCUUGCUAUGCCCCUGCAUCCUCCCGUCUUAUCACUCACUUCUAUGUGAAGAAGAUGGAGGAGGAGCAGAUUAGGGAGGUGGAGAGAGCAGCUGCAUCCACAGCAACAGAUCACGGGCAGGAGGUUCUGGGAAUGGUCAGAGUCCCGCUCUACGUCACAAAAGGCGGGGGAGGCCUUUCUUCUUUCCUGUCGCACUCGUUCAUCGGCAAUGCUCGCUCCCAGCUGGUGGACGCUCUGCUGCGCUUCAACCUGGUGGCUCCUGAGGAAUUACACAAAGUUCUGGCGUGUUCCCUGAAGACACACGCUCACACUGCAGAGGACCUGCAAGCAGCACUCGCGCUGACGGAGGCGAAGAGGAAACGGUUUUGAAAUACACCUGCACGUGUACAAGCACAUCCUCUGGAGCACGCUAGGCUCGAGAUGCAGUUUAUUGCCAGUCAGCGACGUGGCUCGUUCAACACAAUCCUUCACAUACACACACACUUAAUCCUACACACACACACACUCACACUGUCAUACUGAUUCUGAGCUGGUGACUCAUAAUUAACUACUGUGCAUCAAACAGUUUGGGGAAAACAUGAUCAACUGCUUUACCAUUAAUGGAAAUAAAAUCAUUUACACUGUCAA